AUGGCUGGAAACUCCGCUGCUGUCCUCUGCCAGCCAGAUGGCACCUUGGGAAGGAGCAGUGCAAUCCAGGAAAACCAAAGUAACGGGACACGAGUGGACAGUCGAGCACUGACCUCAACCAACACUGACUUCACCUUCAGCCUCUACAAGGAGCUGACUUUGAAGAAUCCAGAUAAAAACAUUGUCUUCUCCCCACUCAGCAUCUCAGCUGCCUUGGCCGUCCUGUCCCUGGGAGCAAACAACAACACUCUGCAAGAGAUUCUAAAAGGUCUCAAGUUCAAUCUCACAGAGACCCCUGAGGCAGACAUACACCUGGGCUUAGGACAGCUCCUCCUCAUGUUCGGUCAGCCAAAUGAGGAGCUGCAGAUCAGCAUAGGCAGCACCAUGUUUGUUGAAAAGCAAAUGCAGAUUCUGGCAGAGUUCAAGGAGAAGGCAAGGGCACUCUACCAGGCUGAGGUCUCAAGUGUUGACUUCCAGAAGCCUCAUGAGGCCAAAAAGCUCAUCAAUGACUUUGUGAGGAAACAGACCCAGGGGAAGAUCAAGGACCUGAUCUCAGACCUGGAUGAGGACACGGUAAUGGUGCUGGUGAACUACAUCUACUUUAAAGGGAAAUGGGAGACACCCUUUGACCCUGAUUUAACAUUUGCAUCUGACUUCUACGUGGACAAUGAGAAGACUGUGAAGGUGCCCAUGAUGAAAGUUAAGUUUCUGACCACACCCUACUUCCGGGAUGAGGAGCUGUCCUGCACUGUGGUGGAGCUGAAGUACACAGGCAAUGCUAGCGCCCUGUUCAUCCUCCCUGACCAAGGCAAGAUGCAGCAUGUGGAAGCCAGCCUGCAGCCAGAGACCCUGAGAAAGUGGAGGGACUCUCUAAUGCCCAGAAAGAUCGAGGAGCUCUCCCUGCCCAAGUUCGCCAUCUCCACUGACUACAGCCUGCAGGACAUCCUUCCACAGCUGGGCAUCAGGGAAGUCUUCUCCACACAGGCUGACCUGUCUGGGAUCACAGGGUCUAGGGAACUGAGAGUCUCUCAGGUGGUCCACAAGGCUGUGCUGGACGUGGCUGAGAGAGGCACAGAAGCAGCGGCUGCCACGGGAUUAUUGAUGAGAGGAUCGGCUCUAAUUAGGAAUCCUUUGAGAGUGAAUUUCAACAGGCCAUUCCUCAUGAUUAUCUCUGACACAAAUACUCAGACUCCACUCUUUAUGGCCAAAAUCAUGAAUCCCAAGGGAAACUAGAACUUCCCAAGUGGUGAGGCUUCC